AUGCAAGCGGUAUGGGCAGCGUCACGAGUACUCAUCGAGGAGAAUAACCAGAGCUACUUUAUCCAAUGUGGAGGUGUCCAGAUGUUGUUAAAUAUGCUCAACUCUACCAACCAGGGCCUCUCUAUCCGUGCCUUAUUGGCAUUGUGCUGUUUAAUUACUAAUGAUCAAUGUCAGAAACAGUUAUUGGAAGCUGGUAUACUGAGCAAGCUUAUGGGAUUGCUUAUCUCUAGUUCCAAACUUUUGAGACUUCAUGCUCUAAAGAUCAUUCAGAACAUUGGAAAUGACGCCAGAUUUAGAUCGUUGUUGUUGGCAGAGAACAAGAUCACUCAGAUAGCUGAUCUAUUGUCCACAUGCUCCAACAAUGAUGAAUCAAAGAGUGUCCUAGACUGUUUGGUCAUUCUGUUGAAGGAGGAAACCAUACUUGAGCAAUUCUAUAAUUGCAUUGGAGCAAUUGAGAACAUCCUUUCACUCUUUAUCAGGAACCAAUCAACUGAUCUCUUGCUUUCAACAUUGAGCGUUCUAUACAUAGUCAUUGAACAUGAACCCUCACGUCUAAAGUCGAGAAGAAUCAUUCCAUUCCUUGUGGACUUGGUGUCACAGAAGGACACUGAUGCCUCUGUAGUCAUUCAAUCACUUCACUGUCUGACCUCAUUCUCAACACAUGCAAGUUGUACAUCGAUCAUCCAAAAGACCAACAUUGUUUUUGUUGUAAGCAGUCUACUGUUUAAUAGUGUUGACGAUAAGGUCAAGGUACACUGUCUUCAGUUAAUAUCAUCUUUGGCAAAGAUUGGCAACACAUUUGCCAUCUCUCUCGCUCAGAGCUCUAUUCCCAACACCUUGGUACAACUGCUUACAGCAACAAAGGAGGAUUCAAUCGUUAGACAGCAAGUAAUCACUGCUAUUUCAUGGAUGUCAUCGUCCAAGCAACAACAACCCAAUCAAGAGAUUGUAGAGAGAAUACUGUGGGCAUUGUCAUUCUUUUCCCUCGACCAGUCUUGCCAACAACAGAUCAGAUCCUCAAAGAUGGGCUUCCAGUUCAUCGUCACCUGUCUGGGUCGUGACGAAGAGAUCACCCGAACAUUGGCCAUCAAGACAGUUUUGAUCUUGUCUGGCAAGGAGAACAGAAAGCACUUAAAGGAUGCCGGUGCCAUUCCAUACCUCACGCGACUGGCAACAUCCAACCACAGGCCUCUACAGCUUGCCUCUGCCAAGGUGUUGUCGCUAUUGUUGGAGCAAUAA